CUUACCCAAACGACGACCCUUAUCGAUCGUCCCUUCCCCGUCCCCUUCCCCCACUACCUUCAGCUUUGUGUGUCCAUACACCUCUUAGAUACAAACAACAUCCAACCGCGGCACUACUGUCCUUACUAUCCAAGUAGUAAUCCAAACCGGGCGCUAUGCCGCUCACUGUACUCUCCGACGCGGAUGUCCGAACGCUCCUAUACAGCCUCAAGAAGGAAGACAUUCUCGACAUCCAGCAGAGUCUCGCCGAUGCUCUUCACUACUACUCGACCGCGACCGAGAAUGACCAAAACGGCUGCUGCUCAACCUACCAGCCCCUUCGUACUAAGCUCAAACGUCCAGAUGGCCAAACCACACUGGUUAUGCCAGCUUCCUCGAACGAAGGCUUCGGAGUGAAGCUUGUCACUCUCGCCGGUCCAGAUGCGCCUUCUACAUUCUCCAAACCGUCGAGAACCGACAGCAGUAGCACCGGUUCUGCUCUCCCCUCCCUGGACUCUCUCUCCCUCUCUUCGGAAAACACCAUCUCAACAGCAUCCUCCACCAACCCCGUCGCGCGAACCGAAUCUCUCGAAAGCUCGCAGAGCACAACACCAAGAGGGUCCCUCACCCUCCUCGAUAAGAACGGCAGCACACGAGCCCUCAUCAACGCCGAAGAAAUCACCGCCUUCCGUACCGCCCUCGCCUCAACCAUGCUCUUCAAUAAACGCCACAACGUGCACGACCUCCUCGUCUUUGGCGCGGGCCGUCAGGCAUAUUGGCACAUCCGGCUCGCGCUCCUCCUCCGCGGUCCCGAAAUCCACCACCUCAACAUCGUAAACCGGUCUUACAUGACCGCCCACAACCUGAUCGAAUCGCUCUACGCCCCCCACGAUUCCCCAGCCUCAUUCCCGCAGAUCAACAUCUUCGCCAACGAAACGCACCUCGCGCGCCCCAAGAUCUCCAUCCUGACCCCACAAGCCCAAGAAUAUGACCGCCUUCUCAAGAACACCGUCCGCCAAUCCGCCGCCAUAUUCUGCACCACCCCCUCCGUCGAGCCUCUGUUCCCAGCAGCCUACCUCACCAACACCGAGGGCCGCAAAAAAGGCCGCUACAUAGCCGCCAUCGGAUCCUACAAACCGCACAUGCUGGAACUGCACCCGGACAUCCUGAAGCAGAACGUGCAGCCGGAACAUGGCCAUCAUUUCCACAAGCAUGCGAAGACAGGAGGGGCGAUCAUCGUGGAUUCCGUGGAGGCAUGCUUGAAGGAGGCGGGCGAGAUCAUAAAGGCGGGCAUCACGGGAGAUCAGGUCGUGGAGAUUGGAGAGCUGAUUAUGCUAAGGAGAGACGCGGAGCAGAGGCGUAGGGAAGGAGGCGAGGGUAUAGAUUCGGAUUCUACUGGGAGUGGCGUCGAGUUGGGCGAGGUGAAGAAGGGGAAGGGUGCGAUGGGUCAGGAAGAGAAGCAGAAUCAUUCCAUAGCCGACUGGUUGCAUAAGGGGAAUGUCAUAUACAAGAGCGUGGGUCUAGGACUAAUGGACGUGGUCGUUGGGUCCCAGCUCGUCAGGUUGGCCGACGAGAGGGGCAUCGGGACGAGGAUUGAUAAUUUCUAGUACCACGAAGGUAGCAUCAGCAGCAAACGUUCGCGGAAACAAGAAAGACAUUGGUGAGGGUGAGGAAGAGCGAGAGAAUAGAAAACCAAGGAUCAUCAAAUCCGCCCCUACAGAACUUAACAUUCUACCCCUCUACCCAAAAACACUUCACGCUAAACCUAUAUUCCAUAGAAAGACCAAAAAGCUUCCAAAAAAAUGAAUAAAC